CAUUUAUCUUCAAAGAAAAAAAACUCGAAACAAGAGGAGAGAGAGAAAGAGGGAGAGAUGGCGUCGAGAGGGAGCAUCGUAGUGGAGGUAGAUGCAAAAUCAUCGGGCGAGGAGAUGUGGAAGAUUCUAGGCGAUCCAAUCACGAACUUCCCCAAGAUUCUUCCAGAUUCUUACAAGAGCAUUCAAGUCAUCCAAGGAUCUUCCUUCGCUCCCGGAACUGUUGCUUUGGUCACAUAUGGCGAAGGUUUUCCGACGAAGACAGCGACGGAGAAGAUAGUCUCAGUGUCGGAAGACGAACCGAACAAGGGCUACAGUUACACUGUGAUUGGAGGGAUGGAGGAAUUGUACAAAGCUUUCGAUGGAACCUUCACGGUGAUUCCAAAGGUUCAAGGAUGUACUGUGAAGUUCUCUUGCCAGUACAUCAAAACCAACAAGGACAUUCCCAAUCCCACAUUGAUCGUCGACUUCAAGAUCAAGAACUUCGUCGACAUCGAUGCUUAUCUCCAAAAUAACUAGUUGAUCAUAUAUAUAUAUAUAUAUGUUUGUGUGUGUGAUAUGAGGUAUGCAGUGUAUGUAUGUGUGUAAUGAAUAAUGGUCAUGAGAGGGAUCAAAUGAUGGAAUAUGGGAUAUAUUUUGCUUUCUAAGAUA